AUGCCAGAAGUAAGUAAAUCAGAAAAAAGUGAACAAAAAGAAAGUAGGCCAAAAAACGAAUCUAAAGAUAUAAUCUCUGAUUAUGAUAUUAACAUGCUAAUUGAAGAUCAUACAAUUGAGAGUAAUCAAGAAGUUCAUAAAUUAAUAAGUAAUAUUAAAGAAUAUACCAACCUAAUCAAUCAACUAGCUAUAACUGAGGAUGUAUUAAUAGAUAUAGGUAUUAUUAAGAUGGUGAAUUACAAUUUUGAUAAAGAAGCUGAAAAAACUGAAGACAAUGAUGAAGAAGAUCCUCUUCUUUCUCUAAUAACUAUUACUGAAGCUACAAAAGCAUUAGAAAAAGUUAUUAGAUAUCAAAAAAGUCUUGAAGUUAGAAAGGAGUUCAAAGAAAAUAAACUAAUAAUGCUAAGAAAAAAACUUAAAAAAUGGUGUUAUGAAAAGACUAAAAAUAAAAAGCAACUUUCAAUUUUGUUUUUUCUUGGUUUUUAA